AUGACAGCUACUCAAAAUUCGACCGAUAUUGGCAACGGUAAUGGCGAUAGUGAUAAAUCGAUUAAUCCGAUUACAUUCCUUAAUACCUUGCAUCACAAGUUAAAGACACCGAACCCACCACAUUAUGACUGCACUCCAGAUCCCCAGGGCGGUGGUUUCUAUUGCACAUUGAUUUUCUUUGACCAAACAUUUAAAUCAACGGUUCCUAAGCCAAAGAAACAACUGGCCAAAGAAGCAGUCGCAACAAUUGCCAUGGAGAGUUUUGAGAAGCAAAUGUCCAAAACUUUUCAACAAGUCCGUCAGACUUUGCUUUCAGCUAAUUCGGCCCCUAAAAAACAAACAGACAUGAAGGGAUUCGUUUAUAUGGAUUGCGUUGUUGCCAAGCGGUUAUUUACUCCAGAAGUUGCCUUUUUUAAUAAAAAAGAGGCAAAAGAUUAUAUUUCUGACAAAGCCUUCAAUAUUCUUUACCAAGAAUUUUGCGAACAAGAACAACGUCAAGUAGAGGAAAGAAUGAGAUCUGAAAGAAGUAAAUUCGAUUUCCCUUCUGGUGACACUCAAUCAAGCACUGUAACAUUUGUUCCGCAAGUGUUCACUUCGGAUAACAAUGAAAAAAGCUCAUUUCUCACGACUCCCCCGGCCACUACAACUGCUGUCAGUAUCGGUUCAUACAAUACCACAACUAACAUUCCACCACUUCCUCCUGUUAGUUCCCAAGGGAUGAGCAGUAAUUAUGAUUACACAAAUAACGGUGUAUCAACAUUUCCAACUCUUGAUUCUCGAGGAAGUGGUAAUAAAAGUGGUUCUUCUACCGAAACUUACAACAAAGAAACUCCAACGAGUUUUGUUUGGUCGAAUGCCAGUGAAUUAGGACCUCCGCCAACGAGUGCUUUACUUGAAAAUGCUUUGCACCAAACUGCUCAUGCUUCUUUUCGACCUCCAAGCGUAACAUCGUCGUCACAAGUGGUAUUUCCAAACCUUGGUUUUAACUCCUACCAGCCUCCACAACAACCUCAGAUUCCUCCAGUACGCUUUCAACCUCCUCAACAACCUUUACUGCCUUCGGUACCUUAUCAGCCUCUUCAACAGCCUCAGAUGCUUUCGACGCCUUACCAACAUACACAGUUUCCAAUGCCCACAGCACCCUAUCAGCCUCCUCAGCCAUCACAAUUUUCUCAACGUCCUCGUAAAGUAAAAAAUAAAAAAAAUCUAUUGCACAAAGGGGCGUUCAUUUAUAAGCGAUACAUUAGUUUGCUAUUCGAAUUCGCGCAAGCUCAACAUUGGGCGAAUCCGGAAUUCGAAUUUCAAAAUAUGUUUGGCGAAUUCAAGGGAAUGGUAACUAUCAAUGGCCGCACUUUUGUUGGAACAAAAUUGUGCAAAAAGAAAAGUGAGGCUAAAGAAGAUGUUGCCGAAGUUGCUUACAAAUUCUAUGUGGAUAAUCCCAUUUAUAUGUAA